AUGGGCACACUAACAUCCGUUGCGACUGUUGUGCCGCUGGGCUUGCUGUCCCCUAUGCCCCCUGCAGAGGUGGCUAAACGGCCUUUAUCUAGAUGCCGAGCGACACAGGCACAGGGAGAUUGCCGUGUCCAGACAGUGCCUCCUCACCCUAGUCCCGUGGAGGGACAGGGCUUACAUCUUGUCCCAAUGGGGUCUAUGGGGCCACCAAUGCCUCCCUUUCGGGCUGGGGUGCAGUGUGGCAAGGCAGGACAGCUCAUGGGCAGUGGUGUCCAGCAGACCGCACCAAUCAUAUCAAUGUGCUCCAGCUUUCUGAAGGGGGCCCAGAGGCUGCAUCCCCCGAGAGCCCCGAGAGCUCCAGUAUGGGACCUAAACCUGGUCUUAGGGUCUUAGAUACCCUAUGCAGGGCUCCCUUUGAGCCCCUGGAACAGGUGGAGCUCAAGUGGCUGUCCUGUAAGACAGCCCUCCUCCUGGCCAUUACAUCGGCCAAGCGUGUAGGGGAGCCGCAUCCCCUGUCAAUCAGCGAAUCCUGUCUAUGGUGGAACCCAGACCAGUCAGACAUAACCCUAUGGCCCAAUAUGGACUUCCUGCCAAAGGUGCCGUCGGCAGCAAAUAUCAACUGGCCUAUCAUGCUGGCCCGGUUCGAUCCUCUACCAGGAGACGGGGCUGACCAGCUGAAGCUGUUGUGCCCGGUGCGGGCCUUGAGAGCCUACAUCGGAGCCACGGCACCGAUGAGCUGA